CACUGCCGCUCACUACAGCACCGAGCAGGCUGCCCGUCUGCUGGACCGGCCACGCCAUCUAUUUAUCCUGACGGGGCUUCGCGGAUGUCUGGGCUCGCUCUGCGGGGUUCAGGUAGUGUCGAAGCGGACAGUUCGCGCACCAAGGCGUCGGUGGAGGAGAAGAGCUCGGCCGUGCAGUUUUAGCGUUUCCAGGAGCAUCAGGAGGCUGCGGAGGCAAGAGAGGCGAAGCAGCAGGGUUUCAUACAGAAGAGUGCACACAGGGGCGCUCUGAAUGAGAAGCCAAAUUCUGCACUGCAGUGGAUUUCCUCAGGUGUGUGUGUAUGUGUGUGAGUGUGUAGAUCUGUGUGUGAGGGUGUCUGACUUGACAGUAGACUCAGUAUAGGCUCUGUACACUUUCUCAUUAACAUCAGAAGAACCUGCAGAAGCUUUGGGGCAUCGUCUGGAGGUCACCGCGUCCUACAAAACUCUGCCACCCUCCGGUUUCCAGUCCACCCAGCCUCCCCCUCCACCCCUUCCUCUUUUUAUCCCCAUCACAGACACAGUGUGGUGGCAGCUCAGUCUGUCUGUUCAUUUGCAGAUCACAGAAGCCUGCAGGCCUCAGACUGUAGGGCUGUGACUGAAGUCUGGGUUCAUACUGAGGAUUUUUGAAGAGCUGCAUGGACGUUUAACCAAAAUCUGCAGGACUAAAGCAAAGACCAGCCAACUGUUCAGUUUUAUUGCACUUGGAGGACUUAGGUUUUUGGAUUAAGAAAGUUGGACCCACUCUUUAGGAAGUUGUAGAACAUAAAAGGUGUCAAAUUCCACCUCAGGGAUCAGAUUUUUAUCAUUUCCACUGUGUCAGCACGACACAGCAAAUCUCAGGCGGCAUCACAGGUUUCCCAGGUUUAGGGUCAAAUUUUAGCUUCCUCUCAGGGAUUUUUAACCAACAGAGUUUCCAUUUGGUAUUUUUCAAGGCAAUAACUUUUAAGGCAACGAAAUCUCAGGCAACAUUUGUAUUUUUGGUUUCGGAAUCACCCUAUGAACUCCUGUUGCCAUGGCAUCUGACAGUUUCCAGUACCGGGCGCUCUUUGAGUACAAGCGGGAACGUGGCGAUGACAUCAGCCUCCAGCCGGGCGACCUGCUCAUCGUCCCCAAGGCCUCGCUGAUGGCAACGGCCGGGCUGGAGUACCAGGAGGGGGAUGAGCGGAGCCCCAAAGGCUGGCUGCACGGCACCAACGAGCGGACCAAGGAGAAGGGAGACUUUCCAGGGACCUUUGUGGAGUACGUCGGGGUGGUGAGAGUCGGCCCUCCUGCAGCUAAAUCCUGGCCCAGGCCUGUACCACCGACCCCAGGGGGGCAACAGAGUGCUGUGGGACCUCAGCCUCCUGGAGCAGCUGCUGCUUCAGGUGUGGAGGUGGACGUUCUGUCUGAAGCGGCUCCUGUGGUGGUUUGGAGACUCAUUGAGGCCAUCGAGAAACAUGGUUUGAACAGUGAGUCUCUGUAUCGAGCCCCUCCAGCCUCUGGUGGACCUGUGGAGCUGCGGCAGGCUCUAGACUCAGAUCCAGUCUCAGUGGAUCUGGACCAGUAUGAUGUGGUUUCUCUGACUGAUGCUCUCAGAGGUUUCCUGCAGGACCUGAAUGCCCCCAUCAUCCCAGCCACAGCCUACAGUGAGCUGGUCUACACUGCUCAAGAGAGUCAGAAUGUGGAGGAGUGUGGGGAGAGGCUGAAGAGGAUCCUGGAGUCUCCCAGCAUCCCUCAGGCCAACCACCAGCUGCUGGUCCACCUCAGCAGACACCUAGCCCGGGUCAGCCAGCACAACCAGACUGGCCCCCGGCUGCUGGGACAGGCCUUCGCCGAGGCCGUCUUCAAGCACUCUCCUCUCAGCGCUGACGUGAACCCGGAGCAUCACAUCCGGAUCUUGGAGGCUCUGAUUGCAGCAGGAGGUCUCAUGGAGAUGCAGGCUGCACCAGCUCUUCCUCCAAAGCCGGCGAAGCCCCAGCAGCCCUCCUCGGUCGGGGUCGGAGGGGGCAGCAACAAUGGCGCCAAGGAUGGAGGAGCAGGAGGCUCACUGCAAGAGGCUGAAUGGUACUGGGGAGACAUAUCCAGGGAGGAGGUGAAUGACAAGCUCAGAGACAUGCCUGAUGGGACAUUCCUGGUUCGGGAUGCUUCCACCAAGAUGCAGGGCGACUACACGCUCACACUGAGGAAAGGGGGCAACAACAAGCUGAUAAAGAUCUACCACCGGGACGGGAAGUACGGUUUCUCCGACCCCCUGACAUUCAGCUCAGUGGUGGAGCUCAUCAGCCACUACAGACACGAGUCUCUGGCUCAGUACAACACCAAGCUGGACGUCAAGCUCAUGUACCCCAUCUCCCGCUUCCAGCAGGACCAGCUGGUGAAAGAGGAUAAUAUUGAUGCUGUCGGGAAGAAGCUGCAGGAAUACCACAAUCAGUACCAGGAGAAGAGCAAAGAGUACGACAGACUGUACGAAGAGUACACCAAGACGUCACAGGAGAUCCAGAUGAAGCGUACGGCCAUCGAAGCCUUCAACGAGACCAUCAAGAUCUUUGAGGAGCAGUGUCACACGCAGGAGCGCUACAGCAAGGACUACAUCGAGCGCUUCCGCCGCGAGGGCAACGACAAGGAGAUCGAGAGGAUCAUGAUGAACUACGAGAAGCUCAAGUCUCGGCUCGGAGAGAUCCACGACAGCAAGGUGCGGCUGGAGCAGGACCUGAAGACGCAAGCCAUGGACAACCGCGAGACGGACAAAAAGAUGAACAGCCUGAAGCCCGACCUCAUACAGCUCCGCAAGAUCAGGGACCAGUAUCUAGUCUGGCUCAAUCACAAAGGAGUGCGUCAGAAAAGAAUUAACGACUGGCUGGGAAUCAAGAAUGAGAACACUGAUGAAGGCUACUUUGUGAGCGAGGAGGAUGAGAACUUGCCUCAUUACGAUGAGAAGAGCUGGUUCGUCGGGGACCUGAACCGGACGCAGGCGGAGGAGCUGCUCCUCGGGAAGCCGGACGGAGCGUUUCUCAUCCGAGAAAGCAGCAAAAAGGGCUGCUACGCCUGCUCUGUAGUUGUUGAAGGCGAGGUGAAGCACUGUGUCAUCUACAGCACGCCGCGUGGCUUCGGCUUCGCUGAGCCCUACAACCUGUACAGCAGCCUGAAGGACCUGGUGCUCCACUACCACCAGACCUCGCUGGUGCAGCACAACGACUCGCUCAACGUCCGCCUCGCAUACCCCGUCUACGCACAGAUGCCCUCCGGACGCAGAUGAACACCACCCGCCCGCCCGGCCACACCCCCCCCACAAAGACAACAAACCAACCCCCUCUUGGGGAAGGGAGAACGGGGAGAGUGAAGGAAGGAGGGAGGGAAGGGGGGAUUGGUUGAAAUACAAAGCAACCCCAACACCAGACCCGUUAAAGAUAGAUAGAAACGAAUUAAACACUUGCUGCAACACACACGUCAGCCACCUUGGAGUUAUAUAUUUUUACAAGAACAAUUUCGGAGGGCAUUCUUUCUAAAGACUGCUUGAUUUGCACAAGGAAGUUUUAAAUGUUUGUGAAUGUGAAAAAAAAAUAAGCGACAGAAGGAAGGAAAGAAACGGAGUAGGCAACUUCAGAGUUUCAGGUUGACCCCGCUGCUACCUAAACUCCAGCUCAGACUUUUUACCAGAAACUCAAAAACCAUACGAAUGACGACGAAGACGACAACAAAACAUUCCCAUUUUAAACCUUUUCUUUCUUCCUGUUUUUUUCUUUUCUUUUUCACCUCAGAUGAUUAUAUUACAACUUUUAUUUUUGUUUGUUUCCGGAGUCGUUUUCAUGUUUCAGAUGUUUCCUAUUGUCUACUCCUAACUUUGUUUGUGGUAAAUGCAAGAGGAGAUGAUGAUGAUGAUGAUGAUGAUGAUGUCAAGUGUCUGUUUCCGUCCCUCUCCGUACGAAAAGCAAAAAUAAUGUAGCAUAACAGGACAACAGAGGCUUCUUCUGUUAAGUGUUCCUCCAUGUAGACUGCUGCUGAGGGGUUUAGGGGGAGGGUGGGGGAGUCGAAGGGGGGAGGGGGAGCACAAGCGACAUUAAACAGUUUUGUAGUCUUAUGAAGGACAAAAGGCUUGGCUUUUUUACUAACUGUAGAGGGGGUUUUUGUUGGUUUUCUUUUUUUUCUUUUUUUUUUUUGCCAAUGUGUAAACGGCAACGUCACAGAUUAGAACCAGAGACCAAAGUUGGUGUGGAGAGGGAAGGAGGAGGGCAAAGAGUCUGCCGGUGUGUGUUCCUUUAGUUUUUUCUUCCUUUCUUUUUGUGAAUGGAGAGAGGAGUGAAGAAAAGCAAACGAAUGGUGUGUUUGAGACCACACGUAAAACCGAGUUUUGGGCCAUGUGCUUGUGCACCAAAUAGCCUUUUUGGAAAACCAAAUGGUACGUAAACAGAAACGCCAGGACCCUCUGUAAAUACAGAUGGUUGAGAAAGAAGCACUUAGAGUCCCAUUUGUGACCUCAGCUCCCUCUGCGUCACACUGUGAUUCAGUCAGAGCUGAAGCUGAAGUGAUCAGUGCAUCAGCCGGUCACUCGACGGAUAUCUUUCAUUCAGUGUUGGUCAGCUGUCCUGAAUGCUAAAAUGUUUGCUGCGGGGAAUUCUCUUUAACUGAAUCACAGAGCAAUGUGCAGAGUGCUGAGGUCACCAACGGGUAAACAGAAACCAGACAGGAAAAGGUUACAGAUGGUCAGUUUCACCAAAAUCAUCCUCUGAAUGGAAAGUGUGAAGGAAAAGAAAAAGUCUGACCAUAAAACCUGAAACACAUUUUAUGUGUGGUUUAAAAAAAGAGAGAGAGAGAGGGAGAGAGUGAUACAUAUAUGCUAACGACUGUGGGUUGAAAACUGGGGCUGUUUGUGUUUUUGUUGCAGAACCUUCAGAAAUAAUAAGCUUUGAUAAAAUGUUAAAUGUGUGGCACACAGAGAGAGAGAGAAGGAAGACCGAGGCGACGUCCUGAGCUGAAGACACAGGCUUUAGAAGAAAAUACUGAAAACUUGAAAGAACGUGCAAUCUAGCAUUGUGUUAAUGUAGUUCAGCAGUCAAACAGAGAGUGAGAUGCACUAAGGUCCGACAGAUAAUCAAAGUGCACAGUGAAGCUUUUGGAGUCAAGUUCAGUUUUGUUUGUUUGUCUGAUUGCUAAGGUUCCUUUUUUAUUUAAUUUUUCUUCUUUUUUUUUUGUAAACUCAGAACUUCUUGCCCGGUGCUCGACUUUAUAACCAGUGGAAGCAUUUUCUGUCAAAGACUAAAAAGCAUCACACAAUAAAAAUUAUCUUCAAAAACUGAAGAGAAAAACACGACCAAGUUGCACUCUAUUCUUCCUCGAAAUUCUCUGUUUCUGAUUGGCUGUUCCUUUGGGGAGAGGUGGUCGUCCCAUCGCUGCCUGUUUGAUAAUCUGCGGCUUCUUUAAGGUCCUAAUGAAAAACAAAGGUUAGCGGAGCUGCAGGGAAGGGGGGGUGAUUAUGUGACCCUGGUUUAUGGCAAAGGCAGCUGUUCUCAAUUCACUCCAACCCCCCCACCCCCUUCUUUUUUACAGGAUAACACUUGUGAGGGCGACGAUCGACCAAAAAACUCUUUAAAAGACGAGACGACGCUGGUUACAAAGUCAGACAAAGCACCACCCCCCUCUCUGUUGUCUGCAGUGUUUUUCACAGUAUGAAAAGCCAGCAUUAGUGUGUAUGGGCCACACACACACACACACACACACACACUGUGGUGCAUCAGAGGGAGUGUGUCAGGUUUUAGGAAGAGGGCCAUUGUUUGAGAAGCUGCAGAGGAGUCAUUGUGAGUGAAUGAUACAACCUUGGUUGUACCCACGAUGUGUUUAUCUACACUCGUCUCAGUGUCCUCCUCACACCCUACAGUGUAGUAACUCUUGACGGUGUCACCGUUACCCUCCCACCCCCACCGCCCCACACCCUUGAUAUAGUUCUUUCUGAUUAGGUCGAUGAGUUGGGGUGAGGUGAGGUUUGUGGAGCUGAAAGCCAUCGAUAGCAGAGGCCUACCCUUUAUUUAUCUGAUGUUUUUGAAGUGGAGGCUGUGUAAGUUUGGUGCAUCCUACAGGCGGCAGUGUUAAAUCCAGUUUGGCCUGUUCCAACACUGAUUUUCAGUCAUCAGCAAAAUUAUAUAAAACUACAAAAGUACAACAACUGACUUGGCAACUUGACAAAAGAAAACUUAAAUCAGUUUCUGUUGACUAGGAUUACACAUAUUCCAGAGAAGAUGUAAAAGUGGUGUGUGAGUUUCCCUCUGCAGUAUUUUGAUGAUAUCUGUUUGACAUAUUGCGCUUUUCUGUGUCAGUUAGAGAUAAACAGAAACUUAAAGUAACAAGGUUGGAACAGACGUGUUGUACAAAUUCCCCAAAAAGAAAAAUUUACACAAACAUUUGUAAAACUGUGUCUAAACUUUUAACAGGACGCUGCCAAUCGUUCUGCUCGUGAGAACAGACCGGAUUUGAUUUAGCCUGAAGCACACUGUCAGCCUGAGUAGUCCCUCUCUGCCAUCCCAGUGUAGCUAAAAACAGCAAGUGUGGAGGAAGACAGAGGAGACAGUGUCGUCACAGCUGGACGUGGUGAGAGGUAACAUACCUGUGUUCUACUUCAGAGCGAGCUUUUGAAUUGAACCAUGGCUACAAGUAUUUUACAUUUUCAGGGUAAAUUUAUUGAUGAGGUUUUAGAUUUUUUGUAAAUUUACAGAUACACAGACUGGUGUUUUUGUCUGGGGUUGGUACCAGAGCCCAGUGUGCAGGUCAGCUUUACAAAGCUUCAGCUUUGUGGGCGACGUCCUCUUGACUUGGGACACUUCCUCUCUGUUUCUGUCCAGCUGUGCUGAUGGUGUUUCGUCUGUGUUCUCUCUCUGGAGAUUUAGGAUUCUUUAGUUUGACGGAGGACAGCAAGGCGAGGUUUGUCGAUAUAAUCUUGAAUGUACAAAAGGAUCAGUCCAGGUCCAAAUCAGUUUUUUCCUUUGUCCUUUUUUUUUUUUUUUUUUUUUUUUUUAAAAGCACCUCUGUCGUGUUUGUUCACAACAGAAACAAGACGAUCCUAACUCUCAAGGUGCUAUCGGGAAUGCAGGCCCAUUGGAUUCGGCAGACUUAUAAACGUCUCCAUCACAAAGUCAUUAACCCUCAGGUGUUUUCAAGUUUACCGUAGAAACUACCACACAACAAAGCCAGCGAUUUGAAAAAAAAAGAGAAGUAAAUCAGGGUUUUUUCUUCAUUGAUAACUUUCAAUCAGUCUCAGUCGACUAAGCUAGAUCCCCACGACUUUGACUUUUGUAGUGUCCUCACUUCAAGAGGUUUGUCCCUCAUGGCUUCCCGUAGCUUAGACACAGCAUCGUCACCAAAAGGAUGUGAUAGUCUUUCCUUCCCCUCCAUCACCACAGUCUGAAGGUUUGUUUUUUGUUUUUUUAGCUGACUUUUGUUUUUUGCAUAGGGAACUCAAAAAAUCCCUAACUCUAUUACUUGAACAAUAUUGCAUUGCUCACUGUUGAAUGUCUUUAUAUGGAAAUAUACAUUUAUUAAAGAAAAAAACGGAAAACGAAGAGUUCCCUUUUGUUUUAUGGUGAGCAGGGCGGAGGUUUUUAGAGUUUUAUGACAGAUGUACAGUAUUCAUUACAGGCAAACGUAGAGCUACUUUAGGAGGGAAGGAGGCGCUUUUUGAAACUUUUCUCAGAGAUAUGUUUGAAUCUUUUCCUUCACAGAGGGCUUGUCUGAAAUUGCACACAUUAUCAUCUACAAGAGACUUGUGUUAAUAUUUACCUGUGAUGUCUGCGUAUGCAUCCUGAGUCACAUUUACACGGAGAUGUCGUAUCUAUCAUAUUAUAUAUAUAAAUAUAUAUAAAUAAUGCUAAAAGAUAUUACAGUUUGAAGGGUUGUUUUGAGUCGUAGUCGUUGUUCUCUGACUGUUUUCAUUUCCCCCUAAAACAUUUAGACCAAAGAUUUCAGUUCUUGUUAAUCUUUCAGUGGUCGAUUGGAAAGGGAUGUUUCAGUGAUGUUCUGUUUUUAAAUCUCCAUUGCCUUGAUAUGAUUACAGCUCAGAAGAUAAAACCAUGUUUUGUGAAUGAGUGUCCUGUACAGCUAGCCAGGUUUGUUGGUUGAUCUGUUCAUUUGUGUUGAAAAGAGUUCAAACAGGUACUUUUUUGUCAGGAAGGAUCCACCUUUAAAGUCCUUGUUCAAUGAUGUCCCAAUGGUAAAAAUCAAUCAGAUGUAACUUUGAUCUGCACUCUUCAGUUUGUGCAUCGUUGGUAUAAACUGACUUCUGUUGAGGAUUUUAAAAGAAAACUACCCAAAGUUCCCAGAGUCGCAGCUUUCUCGCUCACGCUACUUCAUAUAUUUGCACAUGAUGACCGUAGCUGGAGUUUAGUUUGGUUUGCAAGUAGAAACGCUUCUGUUUCUGUGUUGAAAAUGUCCUGUAGAAAUCUCAACAACUUCAGAUUAAGCUUUCUUUGAACUGAUGGCAAUGCAUUUUUCACAUUUUAAAUCUUGUGUGCACAAGAUAGUAUGGUCUAUAAACAAGAACUUGUAAACCUUGUUUUACAGAACAUUAGAGGCUUUAUAUCUUAUAAGCUUCUAUCACAGAUCUUCUCAGGUGCACACAAGAUUGAGGAUUAUUAAAAAUAACUACGCACAAGAUUUGAAUCUUGUGUUUUUUUGGAACUUCAGGGGCUCCGAAUAUUUUACAACAGGAGCAUUACAAUUUCAUUUUACACUCCUUCAGUUUGAUUUAGCUUCUUUCACAUUGGUUUUGAAAUCUCAACUUGUCAUGAUUUGAUGUCGAUGCUAAAGUAGAAGCAAACUCAAAUUCAAAGUAUCAAGAAGGCAAAACGUUUCGAUUCUGAAGGUCAACAUGGGUGAAACUGUUAAUUGAUUCCUGAUAAAAUUUCAGUUUUCACUGGCGAUGAAUUCAACACUUACUGAUCUGAGGUUUCUGCAGGACGAUUUCCUUUUGUAUCUCACUCCAUCACAACAUGCAAUAUUCCCUUUUCAGUCAGUCAGGGGUCCGUGAUGGAGGGACAGCUGUUUUCCUUCAGGUCCAUCCACCCCCAUAAUGCAGGUGUUAAUGAAUGGGCAGGGUUUCGGUUUGGUAGUUGUACUAAAAACAGGCGGAAAGAAAAGCAGUUGAGAGGGUUAGUGGGACAAACCAAAAUAUCUGUUUAUUUUAACUGACUGUUUAGUUGAGUUCUCACUUUGGAAAACUCAACUCUAACUCAGAUAACUCCAGGAAACAGGCUUAGGUUCACCUCUCAGAAAAUAAAGGUACAUUUUGAUUCAAAGGUGCAGUCUCAGUUACAAAAAGGUACAAUAAGCCUAAUGUUACCUUUUUUCUGAGUGUUUAUACUCACUACCACCCCAGGACUGUUAAAAUAGCAACUGUCUGUUGUUCCUCUGCUACUACUAUUAUUACUACAACUACUACUACUCGCCCUCAAGCAGUUCUGCAAAGUUUUAUUUGCAGCCAGGUUUGAAUAUGUUUGUGAUUCUCACAGAGGAGUCGUGUUGUGUUCUUACCACUGCUUAUCUGAUCACAGUACCCAGCACAGCUUCGAGGAGUAACAGCUUCUCAUAUAUAUAUAUGUAUGUAUGUAUAUAUGAGAAGCUGUUAUAUAUAUAUAUAUGAAAAUAAAGAACUUUUAGAAAAACAAACAAAAAAAACAAAAAAAGAUUUUAAAAAAGUGUACAUGACACCCCUCCUUCCCCCCUCCCCUUUUACCCCUUUUUGACAUACGUACAGAUCCAGCAUGCAUAUUUGGUACUCUUGACUGUUGUUUUUUGUGUAUAAAAGAAAAAUGGUUAAAAAAAGAUGUCUUUGAAAAACAACUGUUAUUUGUCUGUUUAUGGUGUAUUCAGAUCUGAAUUUAAUAUAGCAAAUUUAACAUCACUGCUUACAGCUGAAACAAGUUCCAGUCGUUUCUGUGUCAGUUUAUAAAGCUAUGACAGAGUAAUACUGAGAAAGUGGACCAUCGCUGAAAGUUUUCCAAAUACUGAAAUGCUGAAAGACUCUGAGUAUUUCUGCCCAUGUCAUUAAAAGUUGUCCUGAUUUCA